CUGUUGAGGCGUCGACACGCGUGCUAGCAUUUCGGUCGCUUUUACACCUAGCUUCUCUAUACGAUGAUCUUUGCCACGAUAUCCCGAAGAUGCAAUUAAUCGACCAAUUUCGUCGGGGCAUCAACGGGCCUCUGGCUGAAUUCUUCCUGUCGAGUCUCACAACCUCCGAAGGCAUUCAUAAUGACAUAAUUAGAAAGGCCCUGUGUCAACAGGGUGUUCUGCACGAUUUAGUAAAACUGUUAACGCCUCAGCCUGACGCAGUAGAUAUUCGGAUGAUAUCUAUGCAGUGUAUUCUUCACUUCGUGGAGCAUGAGGAUUCAUAUACAAGUAUCAAGACCGCAAGUGCGGUCAGGAAGCUUGUUGCAAUCCUUGAGAGCAAGGAAAAGGAGCUCUGCUACAUGGCUGCCGAAGUCUUGGCGUCUUUUGUACACGCUCCGCUUCUGUGUGAGGUCAUGCUCAGCAAUGAGAAUAUGUCAAUUGAAUCGCUGGCAAGUCACCUGCGCAAUUACACUAAAGAUCACACUGUGGAUCCUGGUCCGGUACUCCGAGUGUUGCGGAGUCUGGCUGCUCAAGAUCCAUGGCGCAAUGCCAUUAUGGGACAUGAAGACUUGUACAAUCUGGUAGAUGGUAUUUCCAGGUCGGCGACCGCGCCUCCGGACGUACAGCAACAAGCAUCGGACGUGAUGGUUCUUCUAGUGUGCCGGAGCUCCAUUGCACAACGAAUUGCAAAGGUUCUCCCUUUUUCGAUUUGACAGUCUCGAGCAAACCAAUGACGGGCGGCGCUUGGCUGAUUUGUCUUCAAUAUCCACGAUGAUUUAUGUGCUGUGGUCAUACUGUUUAAAUACAAAUAUUCGGAAAGGGUUGUGCACUGGACCGCAGAUAGCACUAUCUAUGACUGCC